GGCGCGUGUGCCCCCGUGGCGGCGAUGCUGCCGGCCUGAUCAACUUCGGUUCAAUCACUACGAUGACGCACGUGGGCUCGGGGCGGUUGUAGUUGUAGAGCACAUUACGUUCCUCCUCCUAUAAGUCCAGGGCGCAUGCCCACACAACUACACAAGGAGAGCAAACAAAGAAAGAAGGAAACAUGACGGAGGCGCAUGGCAUCGUCAUCGUCGGCGGCGGCAUCUGCGGCCUCGCCACCGCUCUCGCUCUCCACCGGAAAGGGAUCGCUAGCCUUGUGCUGGAGAAGUCCGAGGUCUUGCGAGCAGAGGGCGCGGGCAUCGGUGUUCAGGCCAACGGGUGGCGAGCUCUCGAGCAGCUUGGCGUUGCCGGAGAGCUCCGGAAGACCGCCGGUCUCAUCACCUCGUAUCAUGACGUGUGGCUGCAGGGAGACAAGAGUACCCGGGAUCGGUAUCCAGUCAGGACGGAGCUCCGGUGCUUGAACAGAAAGGACCUGAUCGAGGCGCUGGCCAAGGACCUCCCUGCCGGGGCUAUCCGAUUCGGCUGCCGCAUCGCCGCCGUCCACGAGGAUCCCGGCGGCCAUGGCGCCGCCGUCCUUACAAUGGCCGACGGCGCUACCAUCAAGGCCAAGGUCCUGAUCGGGUGCGACGGCGGCACGAACUCGGUGGUGGCCAGGUACCUCGGACUGCCGCCGGUGAGGACGAUCCCUCGCCUGGUGCUGCGCGGGUUCACGAGCUACCCGCACGGGCACCCCUUCAAGAACGAGUUCCUCCGCCUGAGGGUCGGGGAUUUCUUCAUCGGGCGGCUGACGAUCACUGACAACCUGGUCCAUUUCUUCGUCACCAUGCCCACACCUUCCCCAGAUGCAGGGCUCGCCGGCGCGGACUUGAGGGACGUGAGGGAUCUGGUGCUGAAGGAACUGGAGGAACACCGGUGCCCGGCCGAGAUCACGGAGGUGGUCCGGGGGUCGGACCCGGAGUCCCUCAACCUGGUGACCAAGUUCUGGUACCGGCCGCCCUGGGAGGUCGCGCUCGGCGGCUUCCAGAAGGGCGCCGUGACGGUCGCCGGCGACGCGAUGCACGCCAUGGGCCCGUUCAUCGGCCAGGGCGGCUCGGCGGGGCUGGAGGACGCCGUCGUGCUCGCCCGGACGCUGGCGCGGGCCGCUGGCGGCGCGGGGGAAGGGGAAGACGGGGAGGCUGCGGUCGGCGGGGCGAUCGGGGCGUACAUCAGGGAGAGGAGGCUGCGGCUGGUGUUGCUGUCUCUAGAGUCGUACAUCAUGGGGGUCUUGCUGGUGCGCUCGCCGUCGCCGGCCGUGAAGCUCGCCUGCGUGGCCGUGCUGGUUCUCUUAGGCAGCAAGUCGCUCAGGCAUGCCAACUUUGACUGCGGUCGCCUCUAGGCUAGCUAGGCUCUAGCUAGCGCUUCCUUGUGGAUCGUGGCGCCUAGUCAGCUGAGCUGUCAUGUGGAUAAUUGGAUUUACAUAUGUUUGAUUUCGAAA